AUGCCACCAUCAAACACACCAGGCCCUGCCGAUAUCAAACAGGCUUUGCGAGAAUUGCAGCUUGAGUUGCAAGAACUCAAGGGCAUCAACAAGGAGUUGACCAAGGAGAACAAGAUCCUUAAGGCAAACCAGCCAAAGCGCAAGAAGAAGGGUCAAAAUGUCUCUGAGGAAAGCAUGGCCUUUGAUGAAGAAAUCCACCUAUGCGGUGACAAGUAUGGUGCCUGCUAUGAAAUGUUUGCGCCAGACAGGCAACUUCUUCAGUGUCUCAAUCCUACAUUCCCUCCACCUCUCAAUGAAUUGUGUCACGAGUACCUUUAA